AUGAUAAUUUUCCUCAUCUAUGUGUCUAAGUUUUUGCUCUUUACUCUACUGUAUUACUUCACUUUGUUCCCAUUUGUUCUGGGUAUCAGUACAGUACUGUUUGGCCCUCUUGGUAUUACUAUCGCAGUAGUACACUCCAUGCUGCACGUCAAUUUGUAUGCCACAUCAGUCACUCGGGUUGGUUGUUUAGGACAUGCUGCCGCGAUCCUUGAAAAGUUAUUCACAGACAAAGGCACCCCAAAAGAAAAUAUAAGAAGGCUGCACCAGCCAGCUUAUCCCGUUGUUCUCGAGAAACGAAACUGGACCCAAAGUUUAUCUAUAUUUGCUGCAAAAACCAUGGCGCACUUCAUAAUCUUUUCAGUGCUACUCUGCAUCUCUCUUAUUCCAAUUAUUGGGAUUGUUCUCGCUAAACUUUUGAGGUCUGCACCAAUAGGCUAUGAUUACUACCUCAUUCACCUGGCUAGGCGGAAAGCUCUUGAAAAGAGAGGCAGAGACGAAUUUUACCGAGAAAUUGGCAAGUUUACAGCAUUCGGCAUAGUGAGCGGAGCAUUAGAAUUAAUACCAAUACUUUCCGGGAUUACAAUUACAAGUAACUUUUUGGGGAGCGGUAUUUGCGUCUUGGAGCAGUCCCAAUCAUUCGAAAAUAGUUCUUUAUCUAGCAUUUAG